AUGUCCUUCGGCAGCGGUUUCGGAGGCUUCGGCCAACAAAACAAUAACAAUACCGCCCAACCCUCAGGAUUUGGAGGUUUUGGUGCGACCAACAACACCCCUUCUACAGGCUUCGGAGCUGCCAAUACUGGUGCUGGAUUUGGCCAAACCAAUACCACUUCUGGUGGCCUUUUUGGAGCCGGCAAUAACAACACCACAGCAGGCGGCUUCGGCUCAACGACCGGAGGUUUCGGCGCAACCAACACUGCCAGCGGUUUCGGAGCAAAGCCAGCCUUUGGAUCUACCACUGGCACAACAGGCGGCGGUCUUUUUGGCUCCGCUGCCACUAAUACCACCGCUGCUACUGGCACAGGAUUUGGGGGCUUCGGAAACACUGCGAACAACACCACAACAUCGGCGUUCGGCAGCAACACAGGAGGCGGCAUGUUCGGAGGCAACACUGCCAACAAGACUGGCUUUGGCGCCCCGGCCACCACAGGUGGUUCGCUUUUUGGUGGAGGUGGCAACACCACGGCUGGCACCUCGACUGGAUUUGGUUCUGCCUUCGGUAGCGCCAACACCAACACCAUUGGCGGCGCUGCAGGCGACCCUCCCGGUACCGCUGUUACCGCUUUCCAGGCCCAUACUGAGAAGGAACCCAAUAGUUCUUCUACCAACUCAUACCAAAACAUCCUGUUCCAGGACCCUUACCAGAAGUGGUCUGCCGAGGAACUUCGGCUCACUGAUUAUGUUCAAGGGAGACGGCAUGGUAAUGCUACUGGUGGUGGUGCGUUUGGUGUGAGCUCUGGUUUUGGCGGAGGGUUUGGCGCUAACACGAACACCACCACGACUUCAGGUUUCGGAGCGAACACAACGAACAACACUGGCGGCGGUCUCUUUGGAUCGAACACAACAAACAACACCGCUGUCCCGAGCACUGGCUUUGGUUCUACUGGCUUUGGUGCCACUGCGAACAACAACACCGCUACUGGUGGAGGAAUGUUUGGCAAUACCGCGAACAAGCCCGCCGGAGGUCUAUUCGGAAGUAACACUACGCAGACGAAUACGACCGGCGGUGGCCUCUUCGGGGGAGGGGGAAACACUGGUACAACAGGUGGUUUCGGCGCGACAAACACGACUGGAACCGGCUUUGGUCAGACGAACACCAACACCGCGGGAGGCGGUCUCUUUGGCAACACCCAGAACAAGCCUGCUGGCACCGGCUUCAGCUUUGGCAACACAAAUACGAACAAUGCUACGAGUGGAUUUGGAGCGACUGGUACAACGAACAGCGCUUUCGGAGCGAACAACACGACCCAGAGCACAGGCGGUGGCCUCUUUGGCGGUAACAAUAAUACCCAAGCUGCUGGCACUGGUGGUGGCCUCUUCGGCCAGAACAACAACCAGGCUCAGCAAACUACUGGCGGGGGUCUUUUCGGUGGCCAAAACAACCAGACUCAGCAACAAUCGGGUGGUUUGUUUGGCAAUAAGCCUGCUGCUCCCGCCGGGGGUGGAGGUCUGUUUGGAGGAGGUACUACGGCCCAGGCGAAUACUGGCGGUGGUCUCUUUGGGGGUGCCCAGCAACAAACAAACACCACUGGAUUUGGUGCAGCUAACAACAACACAGCUUCUGGCGGUAUGUUUGGCAACAAGCCCGCUGCUCCUAGUGGGGGCUUGUUUGGAGGAGGUGCUACCACGCAGACGAACACUGGCGGCACUGGCAUGUUUGGUGGACUGGGUUCGAAUAACCAGGCCCAGCAGAACACCGGCGCCGGUCUCUUUGGCAACAACAACAACCAACAGCAGAAGCCUGGUGGUCUCUUCGGAAGCAGCACAACUAACACCAGCGGCGGCCUCUUCGGUGGCCAGAAUAACCAAAGCGCUGGUAACUCAAUGUUUGGCGGCAGUACGAACCAACAGCAACAAAACGGAUCCUCAAUUCUCGGCAACAGCCAGUCUGCCAGUGCUCCUCAGGGUCUGACUGCCAACCUUAACGAUGUUUCUGCAUUCGGAUCUCCUGGCCUGUUCGCCGGUCUGGGAGGAAACGAGGUCCAGAACCCCGGCCCACUCGCUACCCCCCUUAGCGGCGGCUCCAAGCCGAGGAGGAGCUCCAUCUUGCCCAUGUACAAGCUGGCUCCUGCCUCAGCCUCUCGAUACGCCACUCCUCAGAAGCGAGGUUUUGGAUUCUCUUAUAGUGCGUAUGGAACUCCUUCGGGCAGUCCAGCUAGCAGCAUUUCCAGCACACCUGGCAACCUCGGUCACAGCCUGCUAGGAUCCAGCAGAUCCGGAAAUCUCAGCAAGAGCUUGUCAAGCAAUAACUUGCGUCGUAGCUUCAAUACCGAAGACAGUAUCCUUGCCCCUGGAGCUUUCUCUAAUGGAUCUCAGCCCAGAUGGUAUGGCAGUACUGGCUCGAAGAAGCUUAUUAUCAACCGAGACAUUAGAAGUGAUCUCUUCUCUACCCCCCAAAAGGAUAAAGCUGUCGAUAAUGGAACCGGUUCUCGCAAGUUGUCUAAGCGUGUUAGCUUUGAUACCACCAAUGUUGAUAUGGAUGAUAGCACCCCUGUGCGCGGUGCUCUUCCUGCUGCUAGCGAUGUCGAUAGUCCCGCUAACGAUGAGACCCCUCGCCAGACCCGCUCAACCAACGCUUCACCCGGCUCAAAGACCCCCGAGAUGGAGGAAGUCAAGGGCAAUGAGCUGGCUAUCGUCCAUGAGGAGGACAUCACUGCGACCCCAGAGACAUCCUCUACCACUGCUUCUGACAGCACCCCUGGCCAGUACUGGAUCUCACCUCCCAUGGAGGAUCUUGAGAAGUUGAACCGUAUGCAGCGACAGAAGGUCGACCAGUUCACUGUGGGACGCGACAAUGUUGGUUACGUCUCUUUCAAGGUCCCUGUUGAUAUCAGCAACAUUGAUCUCGCUGACAUUUGCGGCACUCUGAUUGUGCUCGAGCCUCGUUCUGCCACUGUUUACCCCGUUUCCGCUAAGAAGCCACCGGUCGGAAAGGGUCUCAACGUACCUGCUAGAAUUGCUCUUGAGCAGUCAUGGCCUCGUGGUGGUCGUGAUAAGAAGAUUGCUAGCGACCCUAAACGAUUUAACAAACAUGUGGAGCGUCUCAAGCGAAUCGAAAACACGACUUUCGAGAGCUACGACAAGGAUACUGGCAUCUGGGUUUUCUCAGUUGAACAUUUCACUACCUAUGGUCUCGAUGAUGAUGACUCUGAUGAUGAGGAUAUGAUCGAGGACGACGCUGUUCCCACACAAGCCUUUAAUGCCUCGAUCGGUUCUGUCGACUCCAUGAUGGAAAACGAUGGCUUCAACUUCGGGAGUCCCCAUGGCCUACCCGGCGGAUUUGAUGAGCAGCCACAAGCUUUGGAAACUCAGAUGUCUGGUAAGCAGUCUUUUUUAGGGGUUAGCUCCGCGGAUUCUGCACCCAACGAUGUCAGGCUGUCCCUCGAGGAGGAAUACGCCGAUGACAUGGGUGACGAAUAUGACGUGUCCGAGGAUGAAGACAUGGCGAGGUCUUCUCUCGAACAGCAUCUGGCCGCGGAGCUCGACGAUAUCUCGUCCGAGGGUGUCCCAGAAGCCGUCAAGGCUACCCCUGGAGGCAUUCUCAGAGCUAGGAUGCGAGCUGUCAAGGACUCUGCUGGUCCAAUGCAGCUCGAAGUCGCAGAUGGCGACGAUUGGAUGGAAAUGUUGAGAAAGACUGUCAGCCCGGUCAAGCGAGACCGACAACGUUUGAAAGAGAUGAAUGAGUCCCCAUCGAGAAAAACCGGUGUGCUGAUUGACCUUGACAAGAGUGGAUCUGACAAUAUGCGGAAAUCAUCAAUCUGGAGGAAGAGCACAGCAAAGCAAGACAGAUUGGAUAAUCUUGCGGCAAGCACCAUUGGUAUGGAUAAAGGUCGUGGAUUUGCGACUAGCAUCGAUCUCAUGAACUCACUGUUUGAGAAACCCAAGCCAGCACCCCAGAACAUGCAAGCCUCAAUGUCUGGCAAAGGCUUUCCCAAGUGGCCCUACCAGAGACAAGACAAGACAAUAAGCUUGGACGGAUACGAGAAAGCCUUCCACGAUGCUGCCCGACCUACCUGGGGACCGGACGAGAUGCUUGUUGUACCUCGACCCCUGGUCUCGGAUGCUGGUCGACGAUCCCUUACUCAACAUGCCGAUAUUCUUUCUUUCCAGCGCUCUACAGUACAGACUGAGAAUCAAGAGGUCCGCUUGGCCACCUUUGCAACCGAGCACUCUAAGCGAUACCUCGGCAACCAGGAUAAGCUUACUGACAUUCAAAUUGUUGAUGAUGUCCCUUUUGCGACACUUAACGCUGCUCAUCUCCAGGAUGUUUUCCAUCAUCAGGACAUGAACGAUCCUGCAAGCAUGCAGGAGAAGCAUGUGUGGGAGUUGGCCAGCAUUCUCUUCGACCCGCUCGACACAUCUACACAACAUGAACAUCUCAUUCGCAGAACCAAGCUUUCUCACUUCUGGUCUCAUUUGGUGGACUCGGCUUCAUCCACAACCAUCGGCCUUGCAAGGUCGAGCGACGAAAAGGCUGUCGCUUGUUUGGCCGGCCAUCGCAUUAUCGAAGCCUGCAAGCAUCUUCUUGAUGGAAAGAACUUCCGCCUCGCCACACUGGUUCCUCUCAUUGGCACCAGUGACGCCGCCAAGAAGGACAUGCGAGAUCAGCUCAAGGCUUGGCAUGAAUCGAAAAUGCUUUCAGAGUUUUCGGAAUCGAUCCGUACCAUCUACGAGCUUCUCUCGGGCAAUGCAUGCGUCUGUGAAGGGAUGAAGGGCGUGCCUGUCGAGGAUCGUCUGGAUUCUUUUGUCAUCUCGAAGAAGUUUGGUCUUGACUGGAAGCAAUCUUUUGGCCUUCGCCUUUGGUACUCAAUUGGCGAGGACGAUGAUUUGGCAGCCGCGGUGACUGGGUUCAAGAAUGAUGUUGACCAGGAGAGAGAAUAUCUGCCACUGCCUUGGUAUAUCGAUCAAGGUGUGAAGCCUCUGUGGGAUGAUGUAGACGCAGAUCGUCGACAAGAUCUUCUCUGGGGUCUUUUACAAAUGUAUGCCAGCGAUGCCUCUGACCUUGAGGCUGUGUUGCGUCCAGAGAACUCACAGCUUUCUCCUCUUGAUAUGCGUUUGACCUGGCAGCUUGGUCUCGCUCUUUCAUCCAGCGGCAAGGUCUCUUUUGGCCAAGAUGGCGCAGAGAAGGCUGACGCAGCUACCGUGGCGUUCGCUUCCCAACUUACGAGCGCCGGUGAAUGGCUCGAGGCUGUAUUCGUUCUGUUGCAUCUGAGCAAGCCACUUGCCCGCAAGAUGGCCAUCCAGGAACACCUCGCGCGACAUGCUGGUCUUAUUGGAGAUGAAAACUCGUCCGCGUUUAGCAUUCUUACAGAGAAGUUUCUGAUCCCUUCAUUGUGGAUUUGGGAGGCCCUGGCUUUGUACAUGCGCAGCGUGAAGAAGGAUGCCUACUUGGAGGUUCAGUGUUUGCUGCGCGCUGACUCCUUUGUGGAGGCUCAUCGUGUUCUCGUCAAGGAGGUUGCACCACUCGCCAUCGUCGAGCGCGACUACGCAAACCUCUCCGCUCUCAUCUCUCAAUUUGAGGGCCGACAGGAACUCAUCUCUGAUUGGUCAUUGGGAGGUGAGAUCUACAGCUUCUUCCUUGCUCUGAUUCAGCACCGCGCCAAGCAUGAGAUUACGCCGCAGCCCGUGCUGGAGAAACUCCUCGCUGGUCUGCACGCGAUGGAUGAAGAAGCAGGAGAUGCUGGCGUUUUAAGAUAUGCUGCUGUGUCGGACAUGGCGGAUGAGACUGCCAAGGAGAUUAUCAAGGCCAGUAAGAAGAAACAGGAUAAGGAACUGAGGUCUAGAAUACUCAACUUGCCUCUGACACAAGACCGUCUAUUGGCUUACUCGGUCGAUUUGAGCAUGGAACGAUACCGCGAAGUAAUGUCCCACUAG